UCCUCCCUUUCCUCUCUCCAGCUCUCACCGUUCAGUCUUUUGUAGCUAAGAUUGUAUUUAUUCCUGCAAAGACUUCCCCACUCCUUGGAGAACACAGGCUUCCGAGGUCUCCAGCAGCCUUGAGUCUGCGACGCCCGGGGAGCAUGGAGCGUCUGGACUUGCUGGGAUUCCUCAUCGUCACGCUGAACUGCAAUGUGACCAUCGUGGGGAAGAUCUGGCUUCUCCUCACGAUGCUGCUGCGCAUGGCCGUGGUGGUCCUGGCUGGGGCUCCCGUCUACCAGGACGAGCAGGAGAGGUUUGUGUGCAACACCCUGCAGCCGGGAUGCGCCAAUGUGUGCUACGACCUCUUCUCCCCUGUGUCCCACCUGCGGUUCUGGCUGAUCCAGAGCGUGUCUGUUCUCCUGCCCUCGGCCGUUUUCAGCGUCUAUGUGCUUCACAGAGGGGUCGUGCUCGCCGCCCGCGGGCCCUGCCGGCCAGAGUGCCGUCCCGAGGGCCAUGACCCCUCUGACCUGACCCCUGGGGACAGGCGCUGCCCACCGCCCUACAGGGAGGCACGCAACCUGGACGUGCCAGACUUCUCCUGCGGCUACAUGGUCCACCUCUUUCUUCGGACUCUGACGGAGGCAGCCUUCGGCGCCUUGCAUUACCUCCUCUUUGGGUUCUUGGUCCCAAAGAGAUUCUCGUGCACCCGCCCUCCGUGCACCAGCGUGGUGGACUGUUACGUGUCCCGGCCCACGGAGAAGUCCAUCAUGAUGCUCUUCCUCUGGGCCGUCAGCGCGCUCUCCCUCCUGCUCAGCGUCGCCGACCUGGCCUGCAGCGCGAGGCGGCGGAUGCGCAGGGGGUCGGGCCGGGGGUGCGGGGCCGCGCGGGCUCCCCGGGGACAGGGCCUCGCCGGGGGCAGGAGCCCAGGGCACGUGGCCAGGAGGGGCGAGUGGGAGGGAGGGGCGGUGCCCGCUCUCCCUGCUCGGUGGGCCGGAGGGGAGGGUACCCACAGUCCCACCGGGAGGUCGGUGUCCGGGUUGAUGGAGCUUCCUGACGAGGACGAGAGUGAGGCAAUGUCCUUAGCCAGCGACAAGCCGGCCAGGGCUGGCCCAGAGCCGGGGAGCAGACCCCAUGGAGAAGCGUCCCAGGAUCGAAGGAGCGAGGGCCUUGCCGGGUCAGAGGAGCCUCCCCCAGCGCCCCGGAGCCGGCUGGCCCGGCGCUGCCCAUCCAGCCCGCUGCAGCCCCCCGCCCGGCCGGGCCCCGCGGGCAGCGUCCCGGUCCUGAGAACCAGGAGAUCAGAGUGGGUGUGA